CGCGAAUAGCUGCUAGGAUAUGUGUGAGUGUUUCCUGUAUGCAAGCCAGUCAGACGCAUCUUCCGAGAUGAGAUGACGGUGGCGAUGAUGAUGGAGCGCUUGUGGCAGAGACCUCACAUCCUGCCGCUGCUCUCUCUCUUUCUCUGCUUUGUCACAGGUCUCAGUGAAAAGAGAAUUGAAUGGAAACGAGAGGGAGAAAAAGUCGACAUCCCAUGUUCAGCUGGUCGGUCAGACUCACCAAAUGCAAUGUACCUUUAUAAGACCUACGACCAGCAACAAGAAGUGACCUACCUCAACGGCAAGUUUGGCUCCAGUCCGAGGAAACCCUUUGGUGGCAGGAUUCAAAUUGUAGGCGACUUUACGAAGCUGACUGCCACAAUAACCAACCUCACCAUAGACGACACUGGAGUUUACUGGUGCCAAUACUUGAACAUUAUAGGUCCCAAAACAAACAAAUUGAACACAGAUGGCCACGUAUUGGUGGUGGUCUCUGGUCAGGAGAUCUGCCCCACUCCUGCUCCUCCUGGCACUCCUGGGACAGUGAAGACCUCCCAGACCUCCUCGGAGGUGCCGAUGUCCACCAUGCUGGUCGUCUGUGCCAUCACCAUCGGCUCCCUGGUCCUGCUCGUGCUCAUCAUUCUCAUCAUCAGGGUGAAGCGUUGCUGCGUGGUGAAUGGAAAGUACAGGCCGGACCCGCAGGCUGGCGUGGGCCUACCAGAGCACCGCUCGGACUCCGUGUACGAGGCCAUGAGGCCCCAGAGGGCCACCUCCAUGUCCCAGUCCUCUGGCCAGGUCCUCAUCAACCCUGCCUACACCCCCGGGCGCGGCUACAAAUAGGCCCCACACCUGUUCACUGUAUUAUACUUCUAAUACAGUGCAAACAUGGUAAAAACCAUUUAACAAAGUUGGAGGCAAUUGUAAAAGUGAUACUGUCCCAUUUUUGGAAAUAAGCUUAUUUUACACCUCCCCUUGAGUGAAAUAAUAGGGUUUUACCGUAAUCCUAUACUUUCAACCGUUUUCUGGGUAUGACAGUGCAAAUUUGAUAAGCUUAUUUAAAAUAAGCUUAUUUCCAAAAAAUGGGAGAGUAUCACUUUAAUAGUAAUAGUAAUUAGGUCUGAAUAGCACAGGGGUGGGAUAUCAUUUUGAGCAAAGAGCCAAAUUGGGUUUUGAUUAUUGACAGAAGGGCCAGAUAUCACAGGCAACUUGUCUGUGUCAUUAAUGAGAAAUAAUUUGUUGACUAAUGAUGUCCUGCAUAUUGUAAGGAAAUAUAUUUAGAUGAAUAGAGUAGUCUAUACAGCAAUAGGCUAAUCUGAGACCAUUAGCCAUUUCAAAAGUGUUGGGUAUAAUAAUAACAAGUCCGACAGGCAAACAAAGAUGGGUCCACUUGUUGCUUAUUUACUUAAAUGAAUGAAUACAAUUCAAUGUAACACGGAAAAAUGGUGGAGAAGAUCGUGUUUUGACUGAUUUGAAGAAUGCGUUUCAGACGGACAGACGGACGGACAUACCUUCUUAUAGAGAUGCUAGGACGCAUCUAAAAACUAGAAAUGCACUCUGAGAGUGCAGACCCCAGCCAAGGAAGCUGGUUUAUAGAACAUUUUACUACGUUACACCAAAUUUUUAUUUUAAGUCUUUCCGCCUUAUUUUUGUGGAGUUAAAAACUGGAAUGUCAAGAUUCGCCCUGUCCGUAAUUCAAUUUGCACUAGGGGCGUCUAGAUUAGGGACGGGAAGAUUCACCGAUACGUAUCGGAAAAUCGAUACGACCUGUACGGUACGGUUGCAUCGAUUUGCAAACGUCUGCAUCGGUAAGAAACGCAAAUAAAAUCGAGAUACAUCGUACCUUGACUGUCCGCAUCGGUACAAAUCGGAUAAUAUCUCUUAAAACUUUUUAGAAACUGUCAAUUUCAGGAUUUGUUCUCGUGCGCAACGCACAUCAUCUUGCUCUGAUUCAGACCGCCUUUCCAUCUCUAUUGCGAGGAGGCGUGACCAAGCAAUCAGUAUUUCCCUUUGAGUCAAAGCGGCGGGUUACCAGCAAUGUGGAGUACAUUUUGUUGUCACAUACAGCGAGUUUUCUGGUCAUCCGGUGACUUUUUAAAUGAAAGUUUCUAGCGACCAUCUUCUGCGAGUCUGGAAGACGUGUGGAGAGAGUACUCGCUUCACUAUUUGAGAUGAUAGGGUAGUCUACCGUGCGGCACAAACAACAAGAGAAAGUUGUCUGCCAACAUGCUGCAGUUUCCGAAUGACAGCAGCAUAAGCAUAGUCAGCGCACGAGAUACAAAAAAACAUAACCGUGUUGGGAAACGUUACAGAGCCUGUGCAUUCGUGUUAAGUCCAUUGUUCAUGCAGUAAAAAAGAAGUGAAGUCGCUAAGUUGGCAUCAUUGCUUAGGAGCCUGUUAUAUUUAGCUCUCGUGCUGGACACACACAGUCUGAUUUGCUGCUCGUGCAGAUUGUCCAUGAAGUUUAAAAAGUCCCGUUGAAAAGUACACUAUUCCAACACCUCAGUCCAGUACGCACGUUAUUUCCCCCUUCUGAUAUUAACCCCAUUCCCAACAUCUACUUAGUAAAUUGUUCUAAUUUGGAUCAAUUGUGGUUGAUAAGUUGUUCAGAGCUUACCUGUAAAUGUAGUUAGCCUAUAACAUGUCCAGGUCAAUAUUCCAACAUGAUCAGAAGCUCUGUGGUUUUCUCAUUUUUAUUUAAAAAAGAGAUAUAGCCUACUGUAAUUGGCAUG